UAUUGGUGGCAAAGGUCAGGGCAAGCUAACGGACAAGCUAAUUAUUGAAAUGACAAAAUUUUAUGGCUUAGCCAUUCGUCGCCAUCCCGAUUCAUUAGAAGAAAUGAAGAAAGAAGUUUGGGCCACAUUCUACCACAAAUGCUCUACCGAUGAAAAUCCUCAGCACCAGAACUGUCCAGCAGGCGAAGGUAGCUGGUGUAAAUGGCGGCAGGCUGAAGCUAAGAGCACGAUCGACCAAUUCCACCACGAGAAGGCCCCAUUAUCCAAGGAAGUACAAGCAGUAGUUAAAUCUAUCUAUGAAGAUUUAUCCAAGGACGAUCUUUUGACCCGAUGUUUAGGAGCAGAGACGCAGAAUAAUAAUGAGUCGUUAAAUUCACUCAUUUGGACGUUCGCUCCGAAACAUCUACAUUCAGGCGCUCAGAUAGUUCAGAUUGCAACUUUUUUGGCCGUCGUCAUCUUUAAUGAAGGCUUCCAAGGCAUUAUUAAGAUAAUGCAUACGAUGGGCUGUUCAAUUGGACGAUCAACGCACGCUUAUGUAGAGCGCCGCGACGAAGCCCGGAUCAGCCGUUCCGAGCAGCGCAUGAGCGACGCGGCAAGAGAGGCUAGAAUUUCAUCCAGGGAGGAGCAGUCGGCCUUACGAAAUUUGCAAGAAGAAGAGAAAGGGAUACUCUAUGCACCAGGAAUAGCAGAUUAG